GGUGAGGGGUAGCAGGGGAGAAGGCAACCCGCCUGUAGUAACUCUAUUCAGUCCUGUGUGCAUGAGCGUCAAGAUAGAAUGUGCGACUAUGAUAAUAUUAGUGACCAGCCUCCAUCUACAGAGUCGGAACUACAUGACGCCGUGAGACAUCAGGAUGUCAUGGCUGUCGAACGCCUUUUGUCUCAAGGUGCUGAUCCUGAUGAACCAGACUGGACGGGGUCUGGAGAUGCACCGCUGCUACAUGCUGCAGCUGCUGGAAGUGUUCAAGUUGUCAGGGCUUUAUGCGCUGGAGGCUGUAACGUGAACGUCCGCACGGCUAGGGGAGAGACCGCGCUGCACCUAGCUGUUACGUCGAGAAAGGCGUCUGAUAACCCUCAUGAGCUGGUGUCGGCGCUCCUUGAAGCGGGAUGCGACGCCAACAUCCAGGAGAACUUGCAGGGACGUACAGCGCUACACGCACUAGUGCGCCUGCUCGCUGCCUGUGUAGCUGAUCCCACCUCAAACGCCUGCCACCUCAUGUUGGAGACUUUCCAGCAACUUGCGCAGAAAAGCGAUGUAAACCUCAAAGAUCACAGACAGAGAACCCCUCUGCACAGAUUGGCUGCAUCUGGCUGCACCCAUCUGAAAACCUUCCAGGUCUUGUUGGACUGUGGUGCGGACCCCAGUUUACAGAACGACCGCGGUGAGACAGCUCUGCACGAGGCUCUAGAACGGGACGCGCCGGGAAGUUUCGACGCUGUGACGCUCCUGGCAAGCGCCGGCACUGACUUAUCACGCUGCACGGCAUACCGCGAAACGCCCCUGCACCUCGCAGCCCGCAAGAACCGCCCUUCAACCGUCGCGAUGCUACUCAAUAACGCCGCCCCUCCGAACGCUCAGGAUCUUCGUGGGAACACGGCCCUGCACCUGGCGGCGGGCAAGGGUUACCACGAGGUGGUCUGCCUCCUGCUGGCGCGCCCCAACAUAGAACUCAACGCCCCCAACAAGGAGGGGCUCACUCCCUUACACAUCGCCGUCGAAAGCGGCUUCAUUAAGGUUGUGCAGAUGUUGCUGCAAGCAGAGGCAUGCGAUCUCACGGCGCGCACGAAGAUGAGUCUCACCCCUCUGGACUUGGCACAGCAGGAUUACAGGCGGCGCUCGCAGCCAGAGAUGUCACGGGUCCUAACGCAGGAAAUGGAACGCCGUCGAUCGCACGGCGCCAUCAGCCAGUGCUAAGCAGGAGUUCAUCACCAUCAGCUGCCCACAUUGAUGUGUCAUCAGAAGGGAGACAUCUUGCCUGGCAGGAAACUUUUUCACAUAAAUAUGUUGUAAACAAUAUGACUUUAAAUAAAUGACAUUUUUAUUAAAUUA